UGUCGCUCAAAUACUGUUUUCCAGAGCAGUCAACCAUUACGUUGGGACCUGUCCAUCAUUCUCGCAGCAUCGCCGGGCGACUGUAAUCUAUUCAGUACCAUGCGGUGCAUAAUAGUUCGAACACCAAUCAAUUUCACCAUGUAUCUCGCGUUCUCGGGCACUUUCAUGUUGUCGAUCGAGAGAUGCAUUGCAACUCGAAAGCUGAGCACUUACGAUAAGAAUCGCCUAGUUGGGCCGAUUCUGGUUUUGAUACAGGUUAGUAGAGCAUCUUUUGAAGUACAU